ACUCGAAGUACAGCCCGUCGAAGCGACGUUUCGUUUGCCGCCAUCCUCGCCGCGAAAAAUAGACUUAAUUCGAUAUCGCUGCGAAUAAUUCAAGAUAAUACAAACGCACACGAGCAGCGACGCCGACAGAGACACAACGCGCGCCCUCUGUUAGUAGUCCAGAUAUAAACCUUCCCGACAAUGCCUAUGUACCAGCGACCUGCUUUCUGGAGAGUCCCACAUCAGAGACCAGAUCCUGACGAUGAACCGAGAAAUUUCCGCCGGAAACCUGUGACGUCCGGCACGCCGGCCGGUCGGGAGCUCGCACGCGGCGACAUCAUUGCAAAAAUCGACGACUACGACGCACGCGACUUACGACACGAAGAUGCGCAAAACCUCUUCAAAAACGCCUCCAACCAGAUUAAAUUGGUUGUGCAGAGGGAUGUGGAGCGCGAAGGCCCGCGGGACUCUACACAAGCGCCACGCUCGCCGAUUGUCAACGCCUCUGCACCUCCUUUCAGGACGCCCAGUCCGUUGCCCAGUGCGUGGCGUGGGCCGGAGUCCCUUCCGAGGAGCACGCCGGUGCCGCCGUACACGCAGUUCCCCGUGCAGCACGAGGGUGAAUUCCGCACCGUUACGCUGUCGCCGCUUUCUAGCCGUAACGAAGAUGUCAUUGACGAGUCUAUACAGAGCCAGCCGUACCGCACGACGCCGCUGGUGCUGCCGGGCGCCAAGGUGCGGCGCGAGCCCGGCCCCACCGAGAGCUACCUGCGCCACCACCCCAACCCCGCCAUGCGCGCGCCGCCGCACCACGACUACCGCGACACGCUCAUGAAGCAGAAGGUUGCCGAGUCGGUGUUGCAGCGAGUGGUUGGAGAAGAAAGCAACAAGUUUGUGCACAAACAGUUCAACUCGCCGAUCAAUCUAUAUUCGGAACAAAACAUCGCCAACUCGAUCAGGCAACAAACGACCCCUUUGCCCUCUAACGGCCAUUACGGGCGGCCGCACGUUGUCAAGAGUCGGCAGGCGCCGGUGCCGUACGAGCCCGCCAAGUCGGAGACGUACCGCGCGCUGCACGAGCAGAGCGCCGGCGCCGCGCUCGAGGCCGAGCCCGCGCACACCAAGAUCUUCGCCGCGCCCGACAAGAGGCCGACACCUACUCCGAAAGCAACGAAUCAACACGAGGUGAACUCCAAAGGAAAGCAAGCGACCUUCGUGAACUCAUUACACGAGGAGCACAUCCAGCAAUCGAACUCAUUCAAGCGCCUCAUGUACAACGUCCUCGGUGAAACAGAGUUCUAGCGCGAAGUUCCAUUUGUUGUGUUCGCCACCCUCCCACUAAUUUCUGUUAACGUAUAUAUAAAAUAGUUAAUGUAUCAAAGGAGGAAAGGCUUAUGCGACUAAGUCAAUGUGGGUAGAUUAUCAUUACCAUGUCACAAACGAUUACUGUUACAUUAACUGAUACAUAUAUUUUAGUGAUUAUUGCAAUUCGUUUGCGGUUAGACGGCGCCGCGUACUUAAAAUUUUUAUUGACUUAAAAUCAAAUAAAGACUAACAUAAUUAAUGUAGGAUGCUACUAUAAUUAAUUAACACUCCUGACCGGUGUGUAUUGUGGAUUUCGAUGGAUUUUAAUUAUUCUAAUACUCGAGUAUUAGUGAUAUUAUUUACAUUAAGUAGACAAGUAACUUUUAUUACUAAGUGUUGUUCUUUCUGUUUGUACAGAGAUAAAUAUAUUUAUUUAUGUAUACAUAAGAAAAUGAUGAGUGUACAGUCUAGUCAUGUCGACCCGAGCUCUGGUCGUUACACGAGUAUGAGAUUCGAUCAAUUUUAAAUAAAUUAUUUAUUUUAUCU